AUGACUAUUUCAUUUAUCAUUGCACUUGCCCCACAGGGAGUACUAUUCCUUAUCAAAUUUACAUAUAAAAAUGAUGAAGGAGUUGUAAGUACUAUUGAAACACUUAACAAUUUUCAUGCGUUUGUACCACUUGCCAACGGAACUAUUCAUAUUAUUAUUAACUUUUUUAUUUCAUCCAUGUAUCGGAGAACUGUCAAUGAGCUGUUGGGCUUGAAAACUGAGCAUUUUGUGGCUCAUUCUGUGAUUCAACCAACAAUUAUUUAA